AUGAUUAAUAAUAAUCUACCAAAAGUAAUAUUUACAGAUAAAGAUAAAGCAAUUUUUCAAACUAUACAAAAUGUUUUUGGUCAAAAUAGAGCAAAUUGGCAUAAUUUUACAAAAGCAUUUUAUGAAUGUACAAAAGAAUAUGAAUUUGAUAAUUUUAUAAUCAAAUGGCAACAACUUUAA